UAGCAUCAGGCGCUUUGACACUCUCGUUAAGCACUCCCUCUUUUAGUGGUCCACGUCAUACUAUUCUUUUAACUUUUGACUUGGUUACCGGUUCACCAAAAUCAACACAUUUAAUUGUUUUUUUUUUUUUAAUGGAUAUCCCAAACAACAAGGCAUUUUCCCGCGCCUAAGAAUAUCUCUUUCCUUAUCUCACACAUCGUUGUUUCAACUAUCAGAAGCUCUGCCAUUCUGCCACUGUUUCAUGCAGAAAGUCCCCAAAGGAUAAGCACCACCACUCUGUCACUUCUUGGUGUUUUUCUCUCACAAUUCCAACAAAAGAGUAAGAGUAUUUCACUUUUUAAGGAAUUAAUGGAACCCAUUGAUGAAAACGAAGAGCAUGUUAUAAAUGAGACCGUCAAUAGUGAUUCAUAUGUUGGUGAUUUAGAUGCUAACAAUUUUGAACAACCUUCUCUUGGAAUGGAAUUUGAGUCACAGGAAGAUGCUUAUUCUUUCUAUGUUCGAUAUGCUAAAUGUGUCGGAUUUGGUGUAUCCAUUAAAAGCAGUCGCCGUUCAAAAAUUUCUAGACAAUUUAUUGAUGUGAAAUAUGCUUGCACAAGAUAUGGGAAAAAACGAGAGUCGACCGCACAAAAUCCACGUCCUUGUUUGAAGGUGGAAUGUGAGGCUGGCUUACAUAUUAAAAGAAGAUGUGAUGGAAAAUGGGUGGUCCAUGGCUUCAUCAAAGAUCACAAUCAUGAACUUUUUCCAACAUAUGCACAUUAUUUUCCAUGCCAUAGAACAAUCAAUAAAGCUCAACAGAAUUGUAUUGAAACUUUGCAACAUGUUGGAGUGAGAACAAGCAAAAUCUUUGCCACAAUGGCCAAACAACACGGAAGAUAUGAGAAAGUUGGUUGCUUGGAGAAAGAUGUUAGAAAUUAUUUAGAUAAGGACCGUCGUUUGAAUUUAGAAUCAGGAGAUGCAAAGGCAAUGCUGUAGUAUUUUAUGCGUAUGCAAGAAGAAAAUUCAAGAUUCUUUUAUGCAUUUGAUUUGGAUGAUGAUGGUCGUGUAAAAAAUGUAUUUUGGGUGGAUGGAAAGGGUAGAGAUGAUUAUAAAGUGUUUGGAGAUGUGAUUUCCUUUGAUACUACAUAUAUCACAAACAAAUAUAAAAUGCCAUUUGCUCCAUUCAUUGGUGUGAAUAAUCACUUUCAGUCAAGAUUACUCGGUUGUGCAUUACUAGCAAAUGAGACCUCUGAGAGUUUCAAAUGGUUGAUGAAAACAUGGCUUAAGGCAAUGGGUGGGAAACCUCCAAAUGCAAUGAUAACUGACCAAGACAGAGCAAUGAAAGUGGCUAUUGAAGAGGUAUUUCC